AUGUGGCGCCGAUCGAGUAGUUUUGAACAAUUGGUGAAGGAUGAGGGCAAGCCUCUUAGUGAACUGGAGAGAGGGCGUUGGGCGCCACUCCUUCCGGAGGACGAGGAGGACGACGAGGACGAGGACGAAGAGGACGACGAAGACGACGAGGACGAAGAGGACGAGGGGAAAGUUCGUAAAGGCAACUUAAGGGACGGCACCGUGGACGAGGAGUAUGAGAGAGUCAAGCCCCCACUACGAAGGAUUGAUCACUACCUGCCUCCAGACUGCCCAUGUUGCAACAUGACCAAACGCUUCACCAUGGCCCUCCUCGCCAGCAUAGGGUUCCUCAUAUCAUUCGGGAUCCGCUGCAACAUGGGGGUGGCCGUGGUGGAGAUGACCUCCAACGCUACCGCCACUGGGCAGCGGGAGAUCGACUGGAGUGACGACAUCGUUGGGGUGGUGGACUCGUCGUUCUUCUGGGGCUACUUGGUGACGCAGAUCCCCGGCGGCCUGCUGGCCUCCCGCUUCCCGGCCCACAGAGUGUUCGGGUCAGCCAUCACAGCCUCAGCGAUACUCAACCUGCUGAUCCCGGGAGCCUCCAGACUCCACCCUGUGGCCGUCAUCUUCGUCAGGAUACUCCAGGGCCUGGUGGAGGGCGUGACGUACCCGGCGUGCCACGGUAUAUGGAGGAACUGGUCGCCGCCCCUAGAGAGGUCUCGUCUAGCCACCCUCGCCUUCUGCGGCAGCUACGCCGGAGCCGUCUUGGGCAUGCCCCUCUCAGCCUGGCUUACAGAGGGCAUAGGCUGGCCAGCGCCCUUCUACUUCUACGGCGUGGCUGGCAUCACGUGGGGGUUCUUCUGGUACUGGCUGGCUUUCGAGAAGCCGGCGACGCAUCCAACUAUCACAGCCAGGGAACAGUUGUACAUAGAGGAGAGCCUUGGCAACCAGCCGGUGGUACAGCCAACAUUUGCUACGACGCCGUGGCGGGCGUUCGCUACUUCGAUGCCAGUGUGGGCCAUCAUUGUGGCCAACAUCGCUCGCUCUUGGACCUUCUACCUUCUCAUCAUCUCACAACCCACAUACUUCAACGAAGUCUUCCAUUAUAAUGUGGCCGAGAGCGGGACCAUCUCAGCGCUGCCUCACCUGGUCAUGACGAUAGUGGUGCCCUUCGGCGGGCAGCUGGCCGACCACAUCCGCAAGAAGAACUUGCUCUCCACCACCAACGUGAGGAAGGUGUUCAACUGCGGCGGGUUUGGCCUGGAGGCGACCUUCCUGCUGGUGGUGGCCUUCACUAGGAACACCACCGUCGCCAUCACCUCCCUCACCCUCGCCGUCGGCUUCUCCGGCUUUGCUAUAUCAGGGUUCAACGUCAACCACUUGGACAUCGCCCCGCGCUACGCCUCCAUCCUGAUGGGCAUUAGCAACGGCUUCGGCACUCUGAGUGGCAUGAUCUGCCCCAUCGUGGUCGAGGAGUUCACCAAGCACUCGACGGAGGAGGAGUGGCAGGUGGUGUUCCUCAUCGCCUCCAUCAUUCACUUCCUGGGCAUCAUCUUCUAUGGCAUCUUCGCCUCGGGGGAGCUCCAGCCCUGGGCAGAACCGCCUCCGGAGGAGCAGCUGCCGGAGGACCAGCAACAGCAGUACGUCAAGGAGACGACGCCGGCCAUGGCCACUCCUGGCCAAGCCAACGGGAAGCUGGCCACCUACGGUACCAUGGCGGGUGACGGUACUGCACCGGAGGGCCAAGGGUACACCCAGGAGGGCUACACCCAGGAGACCUACACUCAACAGCAGCCACAGCUAGAUUACGCUGUGGCACAUCCGCCUAAGGUGGGGAGUACAGAAUAUGCCAGCCACAACAACCCCUUUGCUCCAGCGGUGGCACCUUCCACCAACCCGUUCAGUGGGAGCUUGGAACACCACCAGCAGCAACCAACCCAGUUCAAUUAUCCUCCAAGCCAGUACUAGGUCAACACUAUUUGUGUACCGUUCCAGUACUAGGUCAACACUAUUUGUGUACCGUUCCAGUACUAGGUCAACACUAUUUGUGUACCGUUCCAGUACUAGGUCAACACUAUUUGUGUACCGUGCCAGUACUAUGUCAACACUCCCUGUGUACCGUGCCAGUACCAGGUCAACACUCCCUGUGUACCGUGCCAGUACCAGGUCAACACUCCCUGUGUACCGUGCCAGUACUAUGUCAACACUCCCUGUGUACCGUGCCAGUACCAGGUCAACACUCCCUGUGUACCGGCCAGUACUAGGUCAACACUCCCUGUGUACCGUGCCAGUACCAGGUCAACACUCCCCGUGUACCGGCCAGUACUAGGUCAACACUACCUGUGUACCGGCCAGUACUAGGUCAACACUCCCUGUGUACCGGCCAGUACUAGGUCAACACUACCUGUGUACUGGCCAGUACUAGGUCAACACUCCCCGUGUACCGGCCAGUACUAGGUCAACACUCCCUGUGUACCGGCCAGUACUAGGUCAACACUACCUGUGUACCGGCCAGUACUAGGUCAACACUACCUGUGUACCGUGCCAGUACUAGGUCAACACUCCCUGUGUACUGGCCAGUACUAGGUCAACACUCCCUGUGUACCGGCCAGUACCAGGUCAACACUCCCUGUGUACCGUGCCAGUACUAGGUCAACACUCCCUGUGUACCGGCCAGUACCAGGUCAACACUCCCUGUGUACCGGCCAGUACUAGGUCAACACUACCUGUGUACCGUGCCAGUACCAGGUCAACACUCCCUGUGUACCGGCCAGUACUAGGUCAACACUCCCUGUGUACUGGCCAGUACUAGGUCAACACUCCCUGUGUACCGUGCCAGUACUAGGUCAACACUCCCUGUGUACCGGCCAGUACUAGGUCAACACUGUGUACCGUGCCAGUACUAGGUCAACACUCCCUGUGUACCGGCCAGUACUAGGUCAACACUCCCUGUGUACCGGCCAGUACUAGGUCAACACUCCCUGUGUACCGGCCAGUACCAGGUCAACACUCCCUGUGUACCGGCCAGUACUAGGUCAACACUCCCUGUGUACCGGCCAGUACUAGGUCAACACUCCCUGUGUACCGGCCAGUACCAGGUCAACACUCCCUGUGUACCGGCCAGUACUAGGUCAACACUCCCUGUGUACCGGCCAGUACUAGGUCAACACUCCCUGUGUACCGGCCAGUACUAGGUCAACACUCCCUGUGUACCGGCCAGUACUAGGUCAACACUCCCUGUGUACCGGCCAGUACUAGGUCAACACUCCCUGUGUACCGGCCAGUACUAGGUCAACACUCCCUGUGUACCGUGCCAGUACUAGGUCAACACUCCCUGUGUACCGGCCAGUACUAGGUCAACACUGUGUACCGUGCCAGUACUAGGUCAACACUACCGAAGUCAUCGCCUAAAACCUGUCAAAAUCAUAUCAUGAUCACCUGCUGGGAUACUGCUAGGACAGUAGUCAUUUGCUAGGAUACUGCUAGGACUGUGGUCACCUGCUGGGAUACUGCUAGGACUGUGGUCACCUGCUGGGAUACUGCUAGGACUGUGGUCACCUGCUGGGAUACUGCUAGGACUGUGGUCACCUGCUGGGAUACUGCUAGGACUGUGGUCACCUGCUGGGAUACUGCUAGGACUGUGGUCACCUGCUGGGAUACUGCUAGGACAGUAGUCACCUGCUAGGACACUCCUAGGACAGUAGUCACCUGCUAGGACAUCCUACAAUUAUAUGACAAUUAACCUAAAAAAAAAAGCCUUUUGACAACUGACACCUAAAAAAGCCUUUAGAGAUGUCACUCUUCAUCAUCCGUUCUAGACUUUUGUCAUUAAUACAUUAUACAGACAUUAUACAGUCAUUAUACAGUCAUUAAUAAAUUAGUCAUGGGCGGUCAAAAAGAGGUUCCUGGCGCAUGCGCACGCGGCCAAAUGUGAGGUCAAGGGUCAUAUGAUUUGACCGGUUUGACAUCCCAUUAGUGAAAGACUUUGGAAGUCAUAUAUAUAAUUCUGAUUGGCAAAAA